AUGGAGCUGAAGCUUCUAACCCGGCCGUUCACACGGUGGGGGGUCAUACUGCUCCUCAUGCAGUCAUGUCUCGUCUCUGCCAUCACCCUCGACCUCAAUAACGAUGAUUCGAUCAGGAAUGCUGCUCAGACAGCCGCAAGAGGCAUGCUCAAAUUCUACUCAGGCCAUCAGCCAGGAAACAUUCCCGGAAACCUGCCUGACCCAUACUUCUGGUGGGAAGCAGGCGCAAUGUUUGGCAGUUUAAUCGACUACUGGUUUUACACGGGAGACAGUCAAUGGAACGACCUGGUAACCGAGGGCAUGCUCUGGCAGGUUGGCCCGGAUGACAACUUCAUGCCUCCAAACCAGACGUUGACCGAGGGUAACGAUGAUCAGGCAUUUUGGGCGAUAGCAGCCAUGUCUGCUGCCGAGCGGAAGUUCCCCAACCCCCCGCCAGAUAAACCACAAUGGCUUGCCCUGGUACAGGCCGUUUUCAACUCUCAGGUAGCUCGUUGGGACACAUCUACAUGCGGAGGGGGCUUGAAGUGGCAGAUCUUCAGGUUCAACAAGGGGUUUGACUAUAAAAACACCAUAUCCAACGGCGCGUUCUUUCAGAUGGGCGCACGGCUAGCUAGGUACACCGGCAACGACACAUAUGCGCAGUGGGCCGAAAAAUCAUGGGAUUGGUCUAGAGCCAUCGGGCUGGUGAACGAGAACUAUCAGUUCUUUGAUGGCUCGAGUGAUCUGCUCAAUUGCUCUGAGCUCAACCGAAUCCAGUGGACGUACAACGCCGGCAUAUACCUGCUGGGGGCCGCGACCAUGUAUAACUAUACGGACGGUAGCCCGAAAUGGCGAGAGCGCGUUCAGGGAAUCCUUGACGGUCUUCGCCCAUUCUUCCAAGCCAAUACAUAUAUCAUGUCUGAAAUUGCAUGCGAAGAAUACGGCACCUGUGAGACCGACCAGAAAUCAUUCAAAGCCUACCUCGCCCGUUGGAUGGCAGCCACCACACAGAUGGCCCCUUUCGCAACCGACUUUAUCAUGACCAGGCUACGAGCCUGCGCUGCCGCGGCAGCUAAAACUUGUACUGGUGGCGAUGACCGCACAGCAUGCGGCCUUAAAUGGACAACGGGGGAGUUCGAUGGUAGCAACGGGGUUGGUGAGCAGAUGGCUGCCAUGGAAAUCUUUCAAUCAAAUCUCAUCGCCAAAGCCGUUCCCCCGCUAACCAAUUCCACUGGCGGAAUAAGUAAAGGCAACCCAGGAGGGUCAAGUAAGGGUUCGGGCGUGGAAUCUACGGCCCUCAGGUCGAUUAACACGGCCGAUAAAGCAGGGGCGGGAAUUCUCACAAUCUUACUACUUUCCACGAUCGGAGGGGCUACAUAUUGGAUUAUUGGGCCAUGA